AUGAGCAGCCGCGAGGGCGAGUGGACGCGCGUGAAAGACGCGCACGGGCGCUACUUCUACGUGAACCACGUGACACGUGAGACCUCAUGGCACCUGCCGACCGAAGAUCCGCUGCCGUCCGGCUGGGAAGAGCUCAUUGAUGGCCAGGGUCGCGUAUACUUUGUAGACCACAGCACGCGCACGACCACUUGGAUGGAUCCGCGUGUAGCGGUCGCUAGACGCCGCGCGAGAGUUCAGUCGGGAGCAUCAGGUCGACCACUGCCCCAUAAAGUCACUCCAUCGGUCGGCACUGAUAUUGCAGCGACAGAGAAGGACUGCUCGCCAACUUAUGAGGACCCACGACGGGCUUCUGGAGGUAGCGCUAGCGGUAGUGGCGCUGCGAGCAAUGGACAUGCACGCACGAGCUGCAAAAGCAGCGACAUUAACUUGUCCAUCGGAUCUCCUACGUCUUCUGCGGUGUCUGGGGACACAAAGGAUCAAGUCAGUCGGACAAGCACGUCGACGAUGCUGGAGAGAUAUUUGGACGAUACAAAUUUGGACACCACAGCGGUGAUGCAGACUGCUGCAUCUGCAGCUGUGCGUGCCGAUGUAGAGAAGCAGCUUCCAGCAGUUUCGAAGGACCAGUCCGAGAAUGCGCUCGACAGGCUUGAGAGCUAUGAUGAAGACAUAGGAGAUGUUGCAGAUACGUUGCUGCACAAGACUGAGGACGUGGAUGAGGAAGAACCGAUUACGAAUGCACAGUUGGAGAGAAAGGUAUCGUUGUUAGCGGGGAGCAAGGCCGAACAAGACAUGCUAAACGAGGAGAUUGGUACGCCACCGCGGUCAAGCAUCUCGGACAUGUCCAAUGUGGGGCGGGGUAGCAGCUUUACCACAGGCGACGUUCAUGUGGUAUUGCAACGCUACUUUGCACCGAUUUUCGUGCGAGACGAUGACUCGCCGACGUGCCGGCACUGUGGCGCACGGUUUGGCACCUUCAAACGGCGUCACCAUUGCCGCCUCUGCGGCGACGUGUACUGCGCGGACUGCACGACAAACAAGGUGAAGCUUCCGAUCGAGGCCGCAACUUACGACAAGGAGCAACCUGUGUGCACGCGGUGCUUCCGGAACGCGGAAGCUGGUGAUUUCUUUAGUAUUGUGGGAUUGCGCCGCAAAGUAGACGAUCCUACCUCGACGGUCGACGACAAGGUAGAACAAAUCAUGCAGCUUGCAGUGGCGCUAUCUUCUGGGCGACCAGAGAUAGACGGAAACAUGGGACUGCAUCGCGUUGCCCAGCUCAACGAUGUGGAGGCAGCUGGCGGCGUAUCAUCGUUUUGUCAGUUGUUGAAUACUGAUGUAGAGCCUCUGCAGCAAGCUGCGUUGGAGAUGCUGGCGAAUCUCGUCGAGCUUGAGAAUAGUGCUGGCAAUGAGAUUUCCACUGGCGAGGCUUUCGCGCAGUCAGGAGCGUGUGUGCAUCUGGUAAAAGUAAUGGGAAGCCGAGUGACGGAACAGCAGCUGGGUCACAGCGCGCACCAGGAGGUGGAACGUAUGGCUCUUCGUCUUGUUUACCACAUUUGUCAGUCGGCUGCAUGCCAGGCUGCACUGCGCAAGGCUGGUGGGGGCACACGUUUGCUGGAGUUUCUUUCGGUUGACUCGCCGUCGUCGCUGGAAAUGCGAGUAGAAGCAGCGCGCUGUUUAAGGCGUUUUGUGCAGAAAGAUGCUGCGAACAUCACGGAAAUGAUCCAAAACAAGGGCGUGGCAGCUUUGUGUACAUUGCUGGGAGAUUUCUUGGAGCUACGCACAGAUAGCACUCUUGGCAACAGUGGCCUUGACGACGAGUCGCACAAAGUUGCUAUUGAGGCCAUUUUGAGCACGAUUUGCGAAUGCAUCUACUUUGUAGACGGCGGCGCUUCGCAAGUGCAACGCGGUGUGCAGCAGAUCCCUGCCGAUAGCAUCCACUCAUUUGUUUCUGUCUUGCAGAGAGGCGACCGCGUGAACCGCUUGCUCGUGUCGCAAGUUCUGAUUCAGGUGUCAAAGGAUCCAUCAUUGGUCACCGUACUGUCGAAGGAGAAGAACUUCAUUGAGGAGAUUAUGUGGAUGCUAGGCAGCGAUGAAGACUACACUGUCGCGUCAGAGAUUUUGUGUGGGCUUUGCUCAACGACACCCAAGCAGUCUUUCAGUGACGAUGGUGUCAAUGAAAGGAUUGACGACAUACACGAACAGAUACUGCAGGUUAUUUACGACCUGGGGGCGUUCGAUCUGGUGCUGAAGAAGCUGAACGCGUGCGUGGUUGGUGAGAAGCAGCUCGUGGGUGAGAUCACGUUUCAAAAAAACUUGCUUGGGAUCACCAUGAGUUAUAGUGCUGCGUCGGCGGUAUACGUGGACUACAUCUGCUCGCGUAAAUGCGUGCCCACGCUGUCCGUUUUCUUGCUUUCACGCAAAGAACGUCUGAUCCCAUUGUGCGCACAGAUUUUGAUGAACCUUUGCGAGUCCAACCCUAGCAUCUUUGACGAGCUCUAUGAUCGAAACGUGUCCGACUUUUUCCACCGAUUACUGCAAACGCCUCCUGACGAAAACCGGUUGUCAGCUCUUCGUUAUUUCCGAGCCCUCGUUAAUAACAAGCGUCCAUUUGCGGUAGGGGUACUCGACACGCUUUUCCUCAUGGCGUCCGGGCGAGACGAAACGCUGCAAAGAGGUAGUUUGGACGUGCUUGCCCGGUUGAGCGGCGUACAGUCAAUUACCGCGGUGCUGGAUCCUCUGGAUGAUCCUUUGACCCCCGAGGUUGAUGUGAUGGUGCAGAAGCUUCAGGAGUGUGUUGUCAGUGUGGCGUAUUUCCCUGUGUUGAUGACAAUUGCGUGCUCUUCAGGCGAUAGCGAUAUGCGCAGCGACGCGAUCAGAUGCCUCACCUGUGCGGCUAGUGGCGGUGGGGAGCUUGUCGCCCGUAUGCUUGAUCAAGAAAUGCUUCGUGCGUUCUGGACGGGACUGCGUCGGUGGAUGGACGUACUUGCAGCUGCACUAACCCCUCUGGAGAUGCAGUUGAACAAGGCGCUCUUGCAGCUCUUGUACACAAUGCUGAAAACUGCGUCUUCACGUAUUGCUCGUAUGGGAAAGGACCAGAUAACGAGUCUUGUGACUGUCGUGACGGCAUUUGUCGUUUCGCAGCCUAGUCAAAUAGUCAUGGGCGUCCGUAUCAUCCGUCUCCUCAUUGAGUGCGACGUCUGGAAAGACUCGUUUGUGGCGUUAUACGCCGUCGAAUCGACCAAGACCGGGCCGGAAUUUUUGCGAGCACUGAUGAACGGCAUCGAUGAAUCUGCUACCACAGCACAAGAAGGUAGCGAAAACGGUGUGUUUGAUGAUUCCGUUGUCAUUCUAAAGGAACUGAUGACGGACUUGCAAGAAUUCGGAGAAUGCGACGAACAAGACGAUGUGAUACCGGCAAACAAUGCUGUUAUUACUCUGGUUACGAACGCCGGCGUUCAUACCUUUUUGCUCGAGCAGCUCCGGAAACAUAGUGUGCAGGAGAGCAUACGAAAGACUGAAGACCAAGAGGAGGUGGUGGAUGAGAGGGUAGCUGAGGGAAACCAUGAAUACGUUUUGACCCAUGUUCUUGGGCUUCUGGAUCUGCUCGUACGCUCACGCCGUCUGCGUUUGCUCGUUUUAGAAGCCGGUAAAGCACUUGAUGCCUUCGUGACUGCGUAUGAGGCCACGACAUAUAAUUACGCAGCUUCGUCGCCCACCCGAAAGUUGAUCGCGCAGGACCUUGGGCGCAUCCUCAUUCACUUGUCCAGGGACCCGUUGGAGUUUCGCAAGACAUUGUACGACCACCGAUCAGUUUUGCCUCGCGCAAUAAUGAGCAAUAUUCUUUCUCCUAUUGUCGAGGUUGCUGAAACAGCCGAAGAAAUCGUGCUCAAUCUUGUUGAGUCAGAUUUCGCUACUUGCCCGUUGUGGCUUGAUCUGAUCGAAAAGGCUAACGUGCGCUUGGUGUUCCGUGUCGUGGUGGUGUCAAAGCAACCCUCAGUGCAAGUCACGGCGGCCCGCAAGCUCAUUGACAUUGUGUUCUCGCACCCCACUAUCCUUGACGAUGAUGAGCUUGGUCUAUCAGCAGACGAGAAGAUCACGCUGGUCUCAAUGUUGAUCAGUUUCUUUGUAAAUUUCGAUCCGCGCACAUCCGUGGUAGGCGUCCUUGCUCUGACACUGCUGCUCAAGAAUGGCCAACUACUCACUACGGAGCAGAUGGAAAUAGUUGCUGUAGAGGGCGCUGUGUCUUUGGUUUACUGGAUGCAAAAGGGCACGGAACGGCAACAAGAGAAUGCCGUGAAGCUUCUGCACGAUGGCGUCACGAACCCUGCCAUCUUGAACAAGUUUUACGAGCAAUUACAAGCCCCUUCGGUCCAACGAGAGACUGCGUUCCUGUUGGAGCUGGGACAACAGCUGCUCGACGUUGAGAUCAAGACAAAUCCAGAUGGACUGUUUAAGCGAUGCAGGUUAAUGCAAGGGCUUCUUCGAGUCACCGAUUUUGAUGCGUUGCCGAGCGAUUGUGUGGAGAUUAUUGAGGAGGUGUCUGCAUACUUGUUGGAUUUAGCAGAAGAAGAAACGAAGGAGCUUGGGCACGGGGACGAGGGCGUAGAAGAGAAGCCGUUGAGGGGAGAGUUUCUGCUGGUUAUUACGCGAUUUCUGUCCGUGUUGGUCCAGUCAAAGACAUUUCACUCUACGCUUGUGCAUCAAGGCGCGAUUGAAAAGCUGACUUCUAUACUUGACAAGCAGAAGGAGGUUGUAGAGCCGUUAUCUGAAGUGGUCGGUAACACGCGCCAACUUCUGAGAAAGCUAUGCGUGUACGAAGUUCCCCGGCUUGUAGCUUGCAAUGGCGUGGAUAUUCUUCUAGAAACUGUGAUGAAGUUUGAUGACGAUGAUACUGAGACAGACUCUGACCGUGUGGCCGAGAUGCUGCAGACCUUCAACGCCGUUGUGGAGUGUGGGGCAGCUGGACGAAGUGCUCUGAUGAAGACAGAGAACUUCCUCCCUAGUUUGGCGCGCGGCUAUAAGAUCGUGUGCGGGGACAUAAGUGAGCACGAAGCAGCGCUGACAGCAAAAUUGCUAGAUGCUGGUUCAGGCGGCCGCAACGUGGACUUGGAUAUUGCGUGUGGUCUUUGUUUGUUAGUCUUCCUUUUUGCUCGUGGAGGCGCUUACCGUGAACAAGUGUUUCAGGAGACUUCGCUUCUGCGGUAUAUCGUGGCAAUCAUGGACUGGUUCCCUUCUAUCUUUUCGGUCAACGAAGAGCUCGUGACUGCAGAGCUCAAGGCAAAGUUUCGCUUGAUCUUUGCGUCUGGGCUUCCCUUUUUGAAAGCAGCUCUUGUGUCUGCCGACCGGUCAUUCUUAGAACCGAAAGAGAAGCGGGCGUUUAUCAAAACCACGAUGAGCGUGUACACCAAGACGCUAACGGCCUUUGUGGAUGGUCACCAAUCUCCCGAACUCUUCCGUGCUUCAUGCGAAGGGCUGACAAGUUUGUUUUAUAGCAACAGUACAGUAGUUGUGCUGGCUGAUGAUGAGCUGAAAGAGCUUGCGACUGUACUGAAGGAGCAGAUGUUUCGAUCGCUGAAGACGAGCAUAUACUCGGUAGACUGUGUCGUGGCCCUGUUGGAAGUUGCAGCUGACGUGGUAUUCGCUCGGUCUGCGUCAAGUGACGAUCAGCUUGUGGAGAAGGAGCCGGCACGAAGCUCAUGGCUUGUGGCUGGAGUGCUGCAUGCACUUUUCAGCUGGGAAUCGUUCGGAGACGACUUGGAUGUGUCAAUACUGUUUACACUGCUGCAGCGAUUUUGCUCAUCUGCUGAGAUCCGCAACUUUUUGUAUGACCAUAUCGACUACGCCAAGCUGGUGGAGAUCAUGGUCCUGUUUGCGCAAGACAGCAAGUGGCGACGCUGGCGCAAGUAUGUGCUAAACAUGCUGACGUUGCUCGGGGAAGAGGAUGCGCUAGAACAAGCGACACAGGAUGGUUUGUUCGGUCCCUUGCCCAUGCUGCAAACCUCGACAGCGGGCUCAUCCCGAGGCAACGAGCAGUCCACAUGCGCUCUGCGCUGCUUCCACUGCCGCGGAGUGGUGCAUGCUCCUGUGCAAACCAAUCUAUGCGUGCUGCCUUGUCCCCACUGCCAACAGGCAAUGGCGGUCGCGUCCGAUAGCUCUCCGACGGUAGUCGAGGCGGGUUCUUGCAUCAUGAAGCGGAGGGCUACCACUAGCGGUAGGGCCCUGUUUAGGGGUUCUUCUGCUGAAGACCACCACUUUGUCUGCGUCAACUGCAGCAAUGUGCUAGAGCUUCCGGACGGGCUCGACCCAUCGGAGAUUGUGUGUCCGCACUGCCUCCAGCUUGCCUCCGUGAAGAAGACUAGCCAGUCGAUGACCUCGGCAUUGAGCAGCGAGAAGAAGCAAUUGCCGGUGUCGUCGGCGCGCUCGACGGAAGCCACAGCGGGUCUGUCGAAGAACCCCUCAUCGUCUGGUAUCGAUGUCCGGGACACUAAGGUCGUGAGCUGUGGCCACUGCGGCAAACACUUGAUCGUGAAUAAUGGCACAUCCGCCGUCAAGUGCCCGUCGUGCCAUGGAGUGUCCAAGCUGUCGACAACGACGACUCAAGAGAUGAUGCGAUGCAAGAACUGCAACACGCUGCUGAGCCUGCCCGCGGGUGCUAGAGCGUACAAGUGUAUGAAAUGCCUGCAGACCACGCGGCUUUCGUAG